CUGACAAGUGCAUAUGUCACAUGACAAAUGAAUUUCUAUUAACCAAUAGCUGAUCAAGAGCGGAAAUUUGAACCAAUCAGAACUCGAGUUUUGCUAUGAACUCGGUUGCUAUGGGCAACCAUUUCAAGCGUCAUAUUUCUGAUUUACAAUGCUCUAUAAUACCUGACAAUGCAACGUCAAUUACGUAUCACUAAUAAAAAAUAUCAACACGUGUCCAAUAUUGUUGCGCGUUAUCGUCGAGACUUGACUUUCUCGGUGAACAAUUAAAAUGACUUCUGUGUUUAAAGCCAGUGAUAAUAACCCAAAUGUCAUCAUUUUUGACAUAUCCAAAAAUGAGAGAAAACUUAACGAGGAAUUUAAAAUACUACAAAGGAAACUCAAGCCGAAAUGGAAAUUUGUAGAAAAUAGUGAUGUUUUAUCGGAAGAGUCACUGAUGAAUGGGAAAAUUUUGGUUUUACCUGGACCGCGAAAUAAAUUUACUGAACUCGAGAUAAUCGCUAUUAGAACGUUUAUCAAUUCAGGAGGACACGUUCUCGUAAUGCUGGGCGAAGGUGGAGAAAAAAGAUUCAAUACUAAUAUUAACUUUCUACUUGAAGAAUAUGGAAUUAUGGUUAAUAAUGAUAGUGUCGUGCGAAUGAAUUAUAGUCAAUCGCUGCAUCCUAAGGAAUGUCUAGUUUCGCAAGGACUUUCAAACAAAUCAGUCUUUGUUAAAAAUCAUGAAGAAUAUGUAGAUUUAAAAUUUCUGUAUCCAUAUGGAGCUACAUUAAACGUUGUACAGCCUUCCGUCGUCGCUCUGUCGAGUGGUUCCCUUGCGAUCCCAACAAAUAGACCAAUAUGUGCUUUCUGUACCGCAAAUCCUAAUGCAGGGAAAUUGGUAGUCUUGGGUUCCUCUAGAAUUUUUACGGAUGCUUACAUUGAAAAGGAAAAGAAUGACUCGUUGCGAGAAUUGCUCUUUGAAUUUUUUGAGACCUCAGAAAUUACCAUGAAACGUGUUCAACAUGAUGACGUUGACUAUUGGGAGUAUAAUUUUGUACCAGACACAACGCAACAAGCCGACAAUCCAAAAGUUUGCACGCAAGAUUUAGAUAAUAUUGAUAUACCUUGGGAAUAUACAAAAUUGUUCAAGCAUCAUUUAUAUUCCAUAAAUCUAAAUAUGGUACCUGCAUGUAUCAAGGCUUAUGAAGUCUUAGGAGUAAAGUACGAACCAUUGACUCUGAUUGCUCCACAUUUUGAAACUCCGUUGCCUCCGACACAAGCCUCAGUUUUUCCACCGAGUUUCCAAGAACUUCCACCACCUGCCUUGGAGUUAUUCGACCUCGAUGAGGCGUUCAGUUCCGAUUUCUUAAAAUUGUCGCAACUCACCAACAAAUAUAUGGCCAUGAACGAUUCGUCUAACGAGACCGAGUUGGAGUAUUACAUUCGUGAAUUUGGGGAAAUAAUAAGAAUCAACGAUUCUGGAUCACAUACAGCAAAAGACGUGUUGAAUCAUGUCUUUCAAAAAUUGACUGUCUUUAAAACCCGGCAGAAUUAAACUGAUAUUUUUCAUUCUUUAUAGGUUAAGAUAUCACUGUACAUAAAUAUGCGAAUUUUUCAACAACAAAAAGGAGAGUAAAGGGCGUUGUCACUUACUGUAACAG